AUGGGACACCCAACUUGUCAUUUUGAGGGACAUCUCAACUCACCAAUAACAGACGAUGAAGUCAGAUUCAUACUUAAUCACGACAAAUUCUUUUGUUUACGACACAAAAGACUCAAGGACUUUUUCAAUUCUCAAUUUAAAAGCCUAGUUCCUUAUUUUGAGUAUGACGGCUGCUAUUGGUCUCUGAUGGAAGAAGUCAUCUCAACAUGUAAAUUUAAAGUUCCCCAAGAAGAGCCGGAUUAUAGUUUGAGGAUUAUAUACGAGGCAUCGAUUUGGAACACAAGAAUACAUCAUGAAAGCUAUUACGGAACCGAGAUGGAUGUAUCAGAAGAACUGGACAACUUCGGAGCUAUUCUCCAGGAAAGUACAGUCCAAGACUUGUACAGAGUCAAGACACGAGUGGAACAUAUUAAGAGUCUCCUAACCAAUGUAGAACACACUCUAGGAGAGUUUCACAUUCUAUCCGACAAUCUGAUAGUUGAGAAAGAACUAACAAUUCUUACCAAGAAUGGGAAGAGUUAUCUUUACCCUACAACGUUACUUAUGUGUGUACUAGACAAUCUCCAAACCAGAUUCUAUGUUAGACUCCAUAUUGCUAUGAAAGAAAAGAUUGAAAACAUUCCCGGCCUAAUAAACCACUAUAACAAACUCCACAAGGUAAUCAUUAGACUUAGAGGUAAAUACAAAAAUAGUUUCUUUGAAAUCAUGAAGAACUGGGAUGCUUAUUGCAUUGGUGUAAUUGUUGCGGACGAAAUGGAAGAUUUAGGAUUUCGCAACCUCCGAGACUCUAUUGAAGAGGAAUUGUUACAUAAGUUCAGUAAAUAUGAUGUAAGAGAGAUAUUAGAUCUCAUGACAUGCAUGGGAGUAUCGAACCAACGAGACACUUAUGGGCCCUUAGCCUUGUACUUCUCCAAUUUGAGUAAGAACUAUGGACAUCCAGUGCUCCACCCUUUAGAAGGGAUUGAAAAACUAAGAUCUAAUUCCAAAAAAAGAGAUUGA